AAUACAAGAGUAAAAAGUGGGGGAAGCUUGGCUUGCAGCCAGCUUGCCUGGGUAACUGGACCCUUUGUGGAGUUUGAAGGGUGUUUUUAAAAAGAGGAAGGAAAGAGAUCAGCUUAAGAAUCUUGGCUCAGCCUUGGAGUAUUUCCUCCCAGCUCUCUGGCUAAACCUCAGCACAAAAGUCUGGGCUGGGGCGUCUAUGCAAACCAAGGAGAGACUCUGAAUUGCUCCUCUCCUCUGAUUAGGAGAGCCAUCCCCAGAGGUCGGAAGGUUUAAAACCAUGCUUUUCGUUUGGGCUCUGGCUUUUAUUUUAGUGCUGCAGGAGCAAGACUUUUCAGCUGCUGCCGACCCGGUCAGCGUGCCGCCUGGAAGUUCAGAGAGGAGCAUCUGGUGCAAUGAACACAACAUAAUCCAUAAGCGCUUAGAUGUGAUUGAAGAGCAGGUAGAAAAAACAGUUGACUAUCUAGAGUCAGAAGUGAAGUCAUUACUGAAGGAAAUCACUGAGAUGGCAUGGAAUGCUCCCAUUGCUCCUGGAACCCCCUUCAUGGACAUUUUUGAUGAUGCCAGCUGAGCAGCAGAACAGUGGAUGAGAACAGAAUUUAAUGAUGUUCUACAGUAUGGUUGUGUUACAUAGUUGCCCUUGGUUGCUUUAAUAAGCCUGGUAGGAUUUCUAGAGAUCAAAGAGGGAGUAAGAAGUCAAUUCCUUUGUGCUUUUGAAUAAAAAUAAUUGCUUUUCACAUAUUGUUUUAAAGUUUUAUCUUUUCUCACAAGCAGCCCCAGACUCAUGCUUAACAAAACAUGCAUUUGGAGGGUGAGUGUCAAAGAUUCUUGAAAAAUCUCACCCUGAUCCUUUUUCCUUAUAACCUGGGCCAGCUCUCACCUGACUAACUCAACUACCACAGUCUUAGAGUCCAGAAGGGAGGUGUUACUCCUUUCUAUCUAGAAAUUCAGCUCUUGUUACCAUUUGUCCUGGGUGAAGACAGGCUUUCAAUUAUGGUUUCCUUUCAGAAUUUUCUUAAGGCACUGCUAGGCUGACAGGACAGAGCUAGGGGCGUUUUGGCAUGAGCUACCAGCAUGCACCUACCUUAGCCUGAAAUGUGAAUGGCACAUCCUAAACUGGAAGUGAAGUCACCUUAUUCUAACAGUGCCACGCUGCUUGCUGUGGAAAGGUGGAGCUCAACUGAUGUGGAGGCCCACAACGAAGGCAUUUGCAGCAAAUAAAAAUCAAAAGGCUGAAAGCCAAAGAGCUUCUGAGGUGAAGGUAAAUUUACUCCCUCGUUGAUUGUGAGGAAGGAUUUAGUAGAUAAAGGUUAAGACAAAUUGAGCUGUAAAACCACAGUGGGCAAAGCAGAUUUUAAAAGUUUGAAGCCACUUGCCUCCUGUCCCGUCAUUAGGGCUCAGCCAGGCAUCUCUCUGCAGAAUACCACCGACAGGCAUUUGCUUAUGACGUUUCAAAUCUGCAUUUGGAAGGCCUGGGCUUCUCCCAGUGUAAACAGUGUGAUCUCUCCUAGAAACAAGCGCCUGGCAGAGUUUUGGUAGAGAGGAGGGGAAAGGAUAAAAUCAGUUAACAGGGCUUUGCAUUUUUUUUUAAAUCUUUCCCUCUGACAGCUCCAGAUCACCUCCUAUUCUCUUAUAAAUUUUGAUAUUUUCCUUCUUUGGGAAUGAUAAAAUGAAGAGAUAAGGGGCAGAGUAGAGAGAUUUGCAUAUUUGGCACAUAAGCAGUGAUUAACCAUAGUCAAACACCCACAUCUAAUCAGCACGUGGGAUGUUGCAUAAGCAAAGUAAAACAGAAAUAGCUAUGCACAAUGAGCAAGACACUGAUUGGCUAAGGCAGUUUUGUUUGUGAAUAAUACUUAAUCAGUUCCAGCAGAGUAUUUCCCAAGAACAGUGGUUUAACUGAGUCACAAAAAAGAAAAAAAAAAAGCACAGCAUGAUAGUAACAACAGAAAGGCAUUCAGGGUGAUUUAAAAGAUAUAUGGCUUUAAUUUUACAAUCCUCUUUUAGACAAACAUAUUGAUUUUAAGGCACAAUCCACAACAUUAACUGGAGAGGCCGAGUUUAUAUAGAUGCUCCAUUCUUGUGAUAUUUGCAGUGAAGCCUGAAGAGCAGAGCAGUUCUUCCUUAGAAAAAGAAUAUUUAAUAAAACUUCUUAUACAAUUUAAUUAGAUGCAAAACAAACUAAGACCUGUUCCAUUCAUGCACACAAAAUCAUUGUUGUGUACAACAAAUACAAGAAAAUUCACACACAAAAAGAGAGACUCAUACAAUGUCCAUACAAUAGGAACCUCCAAAACAAAAUCCAAGAAACCCCCAGUCAUCCUUGUGGACAGUAACAAGACUUAUUUUUUGUACCAGGAGAUAAAAUUAUUGUAAGCUAAGGAAAAUAAUCUGUUAUUCAUGAACUAGAGAGUGAUUAAAAAAAUCUUGAGCAGUUUUUACAAUAGCUAGAUUUUUUUGUGUUUAUUAUAUAUUUUUGGAUGAAAAAAGGGGAUGAUAUGUAGAGCUAGUUUUACAUACACUGUAACUUUAGGUAAACAAUUCAUGGCUUUUUUUUGGGGGGGGGGGAGGAAA